AUGGCUCCCAAUAUCUUGAUCACAGGGGUGACCGGCUUCAUAGGUGGCACUCUUCUCCAAAGGCUCCUGGAAACGGAUUUGUUCCCGAGAUCCAACAUCUGGGUAGCAGUCCGCUCGGAAGCUCACGAAGAUCGCCUGAGAGCCCUUCAGGUGAAUAUCGCCCGCGUCUCCUUGGACGACGCGGAGGAUGUCAGAAAGAUUGUGCUUGGUAACAAAAUUGACAUUGUUGUGCACACUGCCGGGGCUUUGAAAUUUUCUCUAGUGGAAUCGCUCUUGAAUGCCCUUGGUGCUAGAAAGGCCGUGACGAAACGUCCGGUUCACCUCAUCCAGACAUCUGGUGCCAGCACCUUUGCAGACAAGUGCGGCUGGACCUUCGGACCGGGCAGAGAGUCGGAUGACCUGUACACUCGUGAAGUGGAGAUCCGUGAUUCUUUCCUGCUCCAUGAGACCAAUAUUCGGAUUAUCGAGACGGGGGAAGCCCUGGGGGUGCUUGUCUACCUAGUACUCCCACCUCUUGUUUGUAAGUCAAACAAAACGCAAGGCAACUGGUAUACCCUGCUGAAAAGCUCACUGGAACAAGGCGGGAAAGGAACAGGCACUGGAAACACCGCCACCUUCAUAUUCAGCUCCAUGAUCCAAACGGCUCUAGCCCAGAAAAAAGUUUAUUACUUCCCGGAGAAAUCGCAUUGGCCCGUAGUCCAUGUCGUCGACCUCGCCAAUUACUAUAUCCUGCUUCUGAAAGCCAUUCUAGCCAACAGCGCCCCCGGUCCCACGCCCGCUGCUUGGCCGAGCGAGGAAUUCGCGUCUGAUGCUACGGGGCUUUCUACGGAGUAUUGUCAGAUUGCAUUCAAUUCGACUACGGCGGUUAUCUCGGAGAGAGGUCAUCAGCUUGGUUGGAAACCUGAGUGGGAUUAUGCGGAAUGGCUGCGAGACUUUGGGGGAAUGGAGGUUGACCCGAUUUUGGAGUCUGAUGUUCAGAGCAAAGAUACGGUUAAGGCGUUGGGGAAUCUUUGA